GAAAUGAACCUGACGAUGAAGAAGAUACCACCAGUCGCAAUAGGAGUUCAUGAUGAUACCUUACCCAUGUCCUCACACCGUCACAUCCUGUUAUCUUGAUAUGACAUCAUGCGUUUCUCUACCUACCGAUUCAAUAAUUGGCUCUGGCCUGCCUGGGGUCAACCAGCUGCCCUUUAUUCUGAAGAUCUUGCCUUGACUGUUGCGUUGAAACAUGGCGAUCAGGUUUUCUUUGACGAAACCCGCAGUAAACGAAUGGACAUUUCACUUGCUCGGUUUAUUCGAGAAGCAUAGUUCAUAACAGUCAACUUUUGACUUGGAGCGAGUGGGCUUUCGCAAAGAUAUGGAUGUUUUAUUACAACGUUAUCAAGUUUUCUCAAAUUUAGCUGCGAGCUUCCCGUACUUGCUUGCGAUCGGAAUCGAUUCUACCAGAGUCGAUCUGGAACAAGAUCAAUCUGUCGCAGUGAACAUGGUACAUCGCGAGGACGCCAACACGCGGAACUACACCCUGCACUACCAACGCGGCCAAUGGCUGAACCCCCAAUACUUCAUCGUGCAUCGGCGUCGUCAAUGGUCAAAAGCUGCGGUGCCUUUCAUUGCAAAUGGAAGACUUCAUCGAUCAGUGGGAUUACUGAUCUAUUAAACAGCAGAACGGAUGCCUGGAUUCUCGGCCCGUCCUCACGCAAGGACGAAGUCAAUCUUCAGAUCCGCCAGCACGUCCUGCCAGCGGAUAUCAAAGCCUCCUGGCCCCUCUCCUCUCCGACGCCAGACCUCUUGUGCAACAUCCUUCGAGAUUUCAAGAUUCAUAAAGCCGUGUCGACGUUUGGAUUUGUACCAACUCAACAUGCGAUUUUGCAGAUCGGCCCACAAGCAUUCGCACGCUAUGACAAAAGGAGGCCAUAUUAGCGUGCAUCCAACUGUGUCUGCUCCUAGCCGCUCAAUCUCCUCGAAGUGAUCGAUGGCUUGAGCCACAAGAUCCUGCAGCGCACAUGGUGAGGUUCCACGCACUGUUCUCUCAAAAUGGAUGAGACUACCAUAAUGGAAGACAAACGCAUGAUGGUACGCUAGUUGUCGUUUACGUGGGUCUUUCAGGCUUUCAAAGUCGACAUCGUCUGGCGGGUUUGCGCGAGUCUCAUUCUCCAGCUCAUCCAGCACGUCUGGGCCGACGUCUGCUACUAGAGUCCGUUUCAACAAUGAAUUGAGCUUCACAAUAUUCUGAAAAAUUGGACGUGUCAAGCCGAAGAAGGCGUCGAGCACAUAAUGCUUGCACUCGCCUGACUCAACGUCUAUGCUCUCGGGAAGGUCUAUGUUGCACAGUGCUGCGACCGCAAGAUAGCACUGAUAGAUCAUGGAUGAGCUCUUUCCACCAUUCCAUAUUGAACCUUCGGACACCGGCAGCAACGAUGCUCCACCCUCAACAUGUGUCCGCCACUCUGAGGAGCGACCGGUGAUCAUGUCCAUUACCGAGAACAUUGUGAUUGUGGCAAUCACGGAGUCGCGCUGUGCGUCUAGCUCACUUCCUGCCAGACUUGCCAGGGUGUGCCGAAGGUGCAAGAUAGCCAGGUGGUAAUGCUUCUUUGCAAGCGUCAGGAGUUUGUCGUCAAUGAGAAACUGUCCUCGACUGAACGCGGAUGUGGCACAAAGUGCGUGAAGAAGGGCGACUCUGCCGUUUGAUUCCUGCGAUGGAGUGUUCAAGCCCUCCAGAGCCAUCGGCGUGAGCACACUUCGGAACGGGUUAUCCGGCCCAUCCACAGGAACCAUAUGCCAGGAAACGAAGCUAACCCAAUGGUGAAUGAGUUCGCGCUGCUCUGCAGGCCGGGGCAAUAGGUCAAGGUGGCGAUGUACACUCGUGGAGCCUGCAUCAACGGAAGUCCUGCGCGCGAUGAGCUGUUGCAGAGUGGUGGCGCUCCCUUCUUCCUGGUCAAAAUUGGCCGUGUGCGACGUCAAGGCGCUUGAAGGGCUUUGAUCGCUUUGGUGAUCAUGCUGAUCCAUGUCCUCGAUAUAGUCCAGAUUGCGCUGCGUCUCGUCUUGAAGUGGAAAAACAGAAAAAGGACCGAUCGAGCAGGCGUUUACCUGCUCCAGCCGGUCCAGCGCCUUUGGAACAUCAACCUGCAUCGAUGGCGAUGUGUCGGUGUACAAAGUGGGCUCUCCCACUACGCGCCGAAUCUUUUGUUCCCAUUCGUUCGUGGCUGGGUCGAUCCAGACAAGUCUGAUACCAUAUCCGCGGCAUACGAAGCCGCCCCUCUUGCAUCUGCUACAGCAAGGCCGACCCUCGUCGCAGCGGACGUGCCUCUGCCGGCAGGUCCAGCAGCCCGAGAAGGUCUUCUUCGCCCGAGCAGGUCCUGCGGCGCUCAUCGAUAGAGUCAUCUGGAUGGAGGAAAAUGCUCAUCCUUGGGUGUGUAUGCUCGCUGAUGGGGUCGAUCGAAACAAAUUGGACUGCUAAGGCCUGAAGACUCUGCCUCUGGAAUCAGAAUGGAGUAGGCUAUGACGACCAGCGGAGAUUCUUCUGUGCACAGUGACUAUCCCUCCUUUGUCGAGGCCGUGCCACCGUGGACGCGGAGUUGGGCGAGAUCGAUAGUCCGGCCUAAUCACCAUCAUAACGAGGGCCGUAAGUACCGAGACUUCCGGCCACGAGAGAUAAGCCAAAGUAAAGAGCGAGAGAUAUGACAAUGCCACGAGCUCCACUCUGUCGAUCCUGGUUUCCGUGGUGUGAGUUUCACACGUCCCCGCAAUGUCAGCUACUGUUCUGGCGACAAAAUGCGCAGACAGCAAGAAUCGCACGCUGGCCACGGCUGGCCUAAUGUGCUCAACGACACUGAGAGCGCGUCAUUUUGGAACAACUACGUAUCAUUUACAGUACUAUUGCCUGCCGCCACGUUGGUGCCUCACAGCGUCGCACAUGCAACAUUCGGAGUUUGACUCCGUGGUUUGCCCAUCCACACCAUCUGGACUUGGCAUCCCUGAACGUCCAGCCUUGUGGGUUUCAGGUAAAACGUUGUUCCAUCGGAACUCACCAGUCUUCGAUAUGGUCCCUUCGGGAAGGCGAGUCGGACGCUACUUGUGGGGAUGGGUCUGCAGGGUGAGACUCGUUACUAUGAUUGGCUAAAUGGUGGCUCCUGAUAAGGAGCAUUCAAGUACUGCUACUCAACCCAGAACGGUUGUGAACUCUUUUAUAGCGGGGCCCGUCGCUGCAGGCCACCAUCUCGACACGACUAUCAAUUUCCUUUUCGGAACUUGAGCUAAUUGCUCGAACGUGAGCUUCGAACCCGACGGCAUCUCGACAUCCACUCAUAUAGCCCAUCCUUUGGUCAGCUUGUUAACGAACGACGCAGGGGAUUGACCCUUGACUAUCCUUGUCCCAGUGGCCGCGCGUGCUCAUCGUCCUUCGAAAGUAACGUGGUUUGGAUUCCUCUUUCUCGGAUCUAAGGUCGCGGAGGACAUCGCCAGUGCCUUAUCAUCGACUGCUAAACUGCUAAUCACGUCCUGCAUGCCGAUUUGCAGACUGGUCCAGCAGCUGAUGAAGGCUACGGUUGUGUAUUGCCUUCUUCCAUCCGCUACAACCACCAUCUCCUCCGCACGGCUACAUCCCGGACUUGUCAAGUAUUCAUCUACCCAGAAAGCUUUUUUGGGCCGGGGAGUGGUGUUCAAGCUACGCUCAAAUGAUAUUACAUGGCAAGGUAUCAAGCUCGUUCAAUGGGCAAGAUUGCCUACAAUUUCAUGUCUUGCUCAAGCAGUGGCGUCUGCUGCUUUGAGCUUCAUGUAGUCGUCAAAGUUCAACACCGAUUUGCCCAGGACUAAGGCACUCUCCGCGCAGUCUUCCUUCGAUGUCCACUCUUUGGGCGAGUGGCUGAUCCCAUCUUUCGCUCUGGCAAACACCAUGGCGGUAGGGCAUAGCAGCUGCGUCAUGGUCGAGUCAUGACCGGUGCCUGUCCGAGAAGCAAUUCCUUUCUCACCACAGGCGAGCCUGACGCAGUCAAUGGCUUCGGGCCAGAAGUUGCCUGGCAGCAGAUGAACAGUCCUGUCGGUUUCGGUUUCCAGACCAUGCAGCGAGGCAAUGCUUUUGACGCGUUCCAUGAUGAUUUUGCCCAUCUGUUCGAGCCCUUCAGCCUCCUUGUGCAUGAGGCAGAAGGUCAUUUUACAUUUGGAUUGAAUGUUGCAUGCGCCCCACGGCCGACUGUGGAUACCUGUCACUGUUGUUGCGCCGUUCUGUUCGUAUGCCAGCUUUUCCAGUUCGCAAACGAGUUUGGCUGCGCCCGUCAGCGCGUCUCGACGGCCGUACAUAGGAUAGGUAUUGGCAUGACCAUUCUCGCCAUGGAAUAUGACAUCGUACCACGUCAUUCCCUGCCAGCCUUCGACCCAACCAACGGGCUUGCCAGCCUUUUCGAGAUCCGUCGAUUGCUCGCAGUGGAUCUCAAAGUGCGCUGAGAUGGGAAAUUCUUUGAAAGUGUUCGGUCCGUCUCCAACAUAUCCAAUCUUGGCCAGCUCGCCGCCCAUGGUCAGUUCCGAUGCAUCGUUCGACGCAGCGGCAUGGGCCUGUUCAACUGUCGAACGGCCGGCAUAGACUAUGGACGAUCCCAACAGUGGGAAGAAUCUUGCGCCUUCUUCGUUGGUCCAGUUUAUGAGAACGAUCGGGGCGCGAGUCUUUAUGCCUUGCUCCUUGAAGCUUCUCAUGACCUCCAAGGCUCCGAUGACCUGUCUACUGUGAGCUUUCGAAUCCAUUGGAGGGGCCGAGUACUCACACCAAGGGGACCGUCGAAUUUGCCGCCAGUGGCCACUGUGUCCAAGUGACUACCCAUGGCAAUAGGAGGAAUGCUGUUAUCUUCUCCUGGGAACACACCAAAUUGAGUUCCAGUCGCAUUGACCUGGUUUGUGUCAAUCAUCCAUCUUGCGUGGCCAAUUGCGGGACUGACCUUAUAAUCCGCUCCAAGUGCAAGCAACUGAUCUCUGAACCAGUCUCGAACCUUCUUAUCGUUCUCAUCCGCACAAAGCCGAGUUACCCCUCCGGGCGAGGGCGCGCUCCAUUUCGCUGUGUGAUGGAUGUCUUCCCUGGAUUGGAAUUCGGUCAGUAGGUCCUUUGACUUGUCUUCCAUUGUUUUCCUUACCAUAGUCGGUCACCGUUUAUGGACAACUUUUCUGACAACGGAGAAUUCCGGACUGUUGCAUAUGUGCGAGUCGCUGUAAGUCUGAUGGUGGGAUUUGUGCUGAGAGUGGCAACACCCCUGCCGAGGACUGCGCGAGAAACAGUGCGACCGAACAUCUUCGAGGUACGUUGCCGGUGGGAGGUGAGGUAUUCAAGGUCGUGCCUGAGAAGAUAAAUGUUUUCGGAAAGAAUAGUCCUCUCGGCUGGGGACAACGCUGUUUACAUGGUUUUCCCAGGUGAGUACUGAGCUUUCUGGCCGCGUCGUGUUGGAGACCACGCCGUGGCGUGCCCAUCAUGAGGAUUGCAGCAGGGUCUUGGACCUUAGACGGAGGUCUGUCCAAUCACCCACAUCUCCGCGCACAUCGCUCCACAGAGAGCACUUGGUCUGGAGAGUGCCUACUUCCAAGCUGGGCUAAGCCCGACCAAGCCUGAUAAGAGUCGAUAUCAAGAUCCACCCUGAUGGUGCGAAAAAGCGUGGUGCAGAUCACGCCGAUCAACUGCCCCUGCAUUAUCUAGCCUUAUCCGCCUAUUAUCGGACAUUCUCUUCUUGAAACAGGCAGGCGAUGACGAUUCGCAUGUUUAUACAGCCGGCUGGUCUUCGGUAUACAAAGACUCGGGCGCCGUCGCCGGGACGUAUGCCUAUACUGAUGAACAGUACAUCGCCAUAGCCUACCUCUUUCACGUAUCACGGUGCAUGAUAGGCAGAGAUUGACAUCAGUUUCCACUUCUCUUACGGCUACUUAUCGUCCUGUGCGCGAUGUACCAUACACAGUGUGGUAUACCAGAGGGUACUCACUCCACUCCUCGAGAUAAUGUCCUUCCAACGACACGAUCCAAGAGCACCGAUAAGGCAGUCGGUCAGAGAGGCGCACGGAGAAGUAUCUUGCUGAAGCGAAGUCAAUUGUCCUUGGAGCUUUGAUAUCUGUUGGGCGUGGGCAAGCUGCUCCGACCUGCCCCACAAUGAAUUACACUCUUUGUCAGAUCAACGCGAAAGCCAACGGUGCAUCUAUAUAUUACCCCUGCAGAGAAGUUUUGCGCCGUUACGCGGAGGUCUUCCAAUCUCAUAUCAGAAUUAGUCUUCUCUUGUUCUACUGACCAGCCACGUUGGUGAUCAAAGAUGUCGAGCGCAGUUCAGCCCAUUCUUCCUCAGGGCGCCGGUUAUGGCGUCGUGAUUGGAAUAGGCUUCUUUUUCGCCUUGGUCAUGGCAGGAGUCUCGUGGAUGCAGGUGAAGAAAAUACCGAGUUCUGCUGGCUACUUAGUGGCUAACAAGAACCCCAGAACCGCUACACGAAGUACUCAACCAAGAUGAGCGAAGAAUUCAACACGGCCAGCCGGAGUGUCAAGCCCGGCCUCAUCGCAAGUGGCGUUGUUUCCGCCUGGACCUGGGCUGCGACUUUACUACAGUCGAGCACCGUCACCUACGAAUACGGCGUCUCCGGACCGUUUUGGUACGCAGCGGGCGCAACGGUUCAGAUCUUCAUGUUCUCGGUACUUGCAUGCAAGGUCAAACAAAACGCUCCUCGAUGCCAUACAUUUCUGGAAAUCAUCUACUAUCGCUAUGGCAAGGUCACACACAUUGUCUUCAUCUUCUUUGCCCUCAUGACGAAUAUUCUGGUGGCGUCGCAACUGCUCCUGGGUGGUAGCGCUGUUGUCACUACUUUGACAGGAAUGAACGUCUACGCCGCGGUAUUUCUCAUUCCGCUUGGUGUCAGUAUCUACGUCGUCCUAGGUGGACUUCGUGCGACCUUCCUAUGUGACUACUCUCACACGGUGAUUGUAAUGAUCAUUAUCUUAUAUUUUAUGUUCAAUGUCUACACCUCGAAUGAACUCAUCGGCUCCCCUGGCAAGAUGUACGAUCUCCUCGUCCAUGCUGGCGAGGUGCGCCCUGUCGACGGCAACACAGAUGGCUCUUACCUGACUCAAAAAUCGAAUUUCGGCUUGAUAUUUGGAGUCAUUCAAUUGUGCUCCGGCAUGGGCACCGUCUUCCUGGAUCAAGGCUACUGGCAACGAGCCAUCGCCAGUCGUCCCACAACGGCAGUGCGAGGGUACAUCAUGGGCGGCUUCGCCUGGUACGCCAUUCCGUUUGGAUUUGCUACAACUCUUGGUCUCGCCGCAGUGGCCCUUACCGACAACCCGGCUUAUCCUACCUAUCCAAACAAUAUGACUACGUCUCAAGUGUCUUCUGGACUCUCGGCUCCCUUCGGUGCAGCAGCUCUACUCGGCAAACACGGUGCUAUCGCUCUGCUCCUGACACUUUUCAUGGCUGUGACGUCUUCUUCAUCCUCAGAACUUAUCGCGGUGUCUUCAAUCCUUACGUUUGAUGUGUAUAAAGUCUACAUCAAGCCGAGCGCCACUCCGAAGGACCUGAUCUUCGUAUCACAUAUAAUGAUUUGCUUCUUUGGUCUGGUCAUGGCCGCCUUUGCGUGCAUAUGGAACGCCAUUGGCAUCGAUCUGGGCUGGCUCUUCCUCGUCAUGGGCCUGCUCAUCGGUGGUGCUGUGUUCCCUGCUGCCUUUGCUGUCACCUGGAAAGGCCAGACUCGUGCUGGCGCCAUCUCUGGCGCUGUGGUUGGCCUCAGCGCUGGCCUUACUGCCUGGCUCGUCGAGGCCAAGGUGUAUUAUGGCGAGCUUACUGUCGCCACCACGGGCGCCUCCUAUCCUACACUGGCCGGCAACAUGGCGGGUGUGCUGACUGGGCUCAUUGUGACCUGCGUCGUCUCAUGGAUCAAACCCGACAACUUUGAUUGGUCCGUCACCAGGGAUAUCAACGCCCCGUCUUCUUUGUACGGGGAUGUGGCGCCUGCAGCAAAUCCAGGUGUCCUUGGCGGGGCCGCGACCACCACGACUGCUCCUGGUCAAGUGGGAUCCUCCCACAACGCGGAAUUGCCCACUGUUGUUGACGAAGAGAAGGAGGAAGCAGAAGAUGAAGCCGUCCUGGAGAACCCUCAGUCGCUGCAACGAACCUAUCUCGUCGCCCUGGUCCUUUCGACCGUCUUGUCACUGAGUAUGGAUGUCAUAAUCCCUGUACCCAUGUUUCUCAGUCAUUACAUCUACUCGAAAAGCUUCUUCACCUUCUACGUCGUGAUCAGCUUCAUCUGGGUAUUCGCUGCCCUCUUCAUUUGCGGCAUUCUUCCCAUCUGGGAGACACGGCAAUUCUGGAAAGAAUUGUUCAGCGAAGUAUUCGGCCGCAAGAAGUUUGUCGAAGGCACGUCUCCCAACCCAAUGAGGUCCUCGUCGCAGACCUCAGGAAGCCAGUCACCAGCGGACACCAAGGAGACUGCUGACCAGGUCAAGGCAUAGUAUGGCCAAUGAGACGGACGAUCGCGCACUAUAAGAGUGAGCAAUAUUCAGCUGAGCUGGACAGCAAGCUUGUGAGUAGCAACAAUAUACGGCAACCAGAUUCAGCGGUGGAAACAACUGCUACUCAUACUAUUUGUACAUGAUGAUUAUGCAUUCGAGAUAGAUGUAGACACAUUGAGACCAAUCUGCUCCU